AUGCCUAAUUGUUCGACAAGUCGAUCUUACUCCCCAUUAAGGCUCGCUUCCGCUUCACCUUCUCGCAGCCGCCGCCACUUUUCCCCUUCAUCUGACACCAAUGCCUCCGAGUCGUCGGAAAACGUUACAAAACGUCGCCGAACCAUGCAUGAACCUCCAUCAUCACCGACGCAUUCAAUUGAAGAACACAACCGGUCCUAUUUGUCACAUUCUACUGAAUUAAUAGACGAAGACGGAAAUACCGUACCCUUUUCCCUGUUAGAGACGGAGAAUCCCGCUAGUCAAGCCAGUAGCACCGGUGCGACUAUUGCAACCAUUGGCGGUAGCACAUUGGACACACUAGACGCCGCUUCAGAUGUCACCAAUUGCUCAGUGGAUACAGCGUGCAACGCUCAUUUGGACAUAGCUAGGGGCUACCGUUCAGCGCUGAUGUCGGUUAGUGUCGUAUCAAUCACCCUUUGCUGCUUCUUUUGUAUUCUCAACUAG